AGUAGUCCUGUGUUCUUUGCCAUGUUUUAUGGUCAAAUGGCUGAGAAUAAAGACUCUAUUGAGCUGCCUGACUGUGAGUGUGAGAGUGUAUUGGAGCUGUUCUGUUUCUUGUACUCUGACAAAGUGAAUUUAACAGGAAAUAAUGUGAUGCAAGUGUUGUACUUGGCGAAUAAAUACAUGGUGCCUUCGCUUGCCGACAAAUGCACAGAGUAUCUUCGCGACAACCUGAAGGCCUCGAACGUGUUUUGUAUUCUGCCGCACGCACAGAAAUUCGAAGAUAAAGAUUUAGAAGAUCGAUGCUGGGAAGUAAUUGAGAAGCAGACCCAAGAAGCGACGACGUCAGACGAAUUUGUUUCAGUUGAGCGAUCUGUUGUAGAAUCUUUAGUGAAGAGAGAAGAGUUGAAUGUAGAGGAAGUGGAACUGUUCAAAGCUGUUGAUCGCUGGGCCACAAAGGAAUGUGAAAGGCGAGGGGUUACUUCCGAUGGAGGGACAAAGAGACGACUUCUCGGAGAGGAAAUUGUGAAAGGAAUACGCUUUCCGCUUAUACCUCAGAGGGAUUUUGCAUCUGUCGUAUUUGAUUCGCGAAUCUUGAAUCACGAAGAGUUCGGAAAUAUGAUAAAGUACUACAACGGUGUUUUAACUACUCCUUUGCCGUUCUUACAAGCUUGCAGAAUUGAUUCCAAUAAGCAGAAUUGCAGAAUUGAUUCCACUAAGUACCGAUGCUACAGAUUUCAAACGUUUUGUGCGCCAGAGGGUCUCCGCUGGAAUUACAGUGGGAAUGCUGACUGUAUCAUUCUCACCGUCGAGAAGCCUGUUAAGCUUUACGGAGUUCAGCAUUUUGGCUCCGAAGGCGGCGAGUAUACAGUUACAACAGAAAUUGUUGAUCCCAUCGACAACACUCUGCUUGCGUUACGAGCAGGAAUUUAUGCAUCAGAAAAAAGCGAUACCCAUGCUUAUUACGGCUUUGAUGUAACGUUCGGCGAUCGUCCAGUUAUUUUGAAGGCAAAUAAAGAGUACAAGCUAAAGUCGCUCAUCAAGGGCCCUUCAUCGUGGUACGGCGAAAAAGGGCAAACACUAGUGAAGUGCCAGGGAGUGCGAUUUACGUUUCGUGACUCGGCAUCUGAUAGCAUUAAUGGGACUACUGAAACAAGGGGACAGUUUCCUGGAAUUUUGUUUUCAGUUUCCAAGUAGAAAUUCUAAGGUUACCCGAACCAUUCCUGUCAACGUAGAGCCCAGUGAAAGUCUGUUAGGUCAAGUAGUAUUGGAUCAGUUGAAUCAGUCUUCUCGGGGGACGGUUCUUGGCCCCCUCUUGCUUCUCCUGUAUAUUAACGACCUCGGAGAAAAUUGUACGUAUGCGUCUUUUGACGUGAAAAUUGACGUGAAAAUUUGACGUGAAAUUUGACGUGAAAAUUUCUCUUCGUGAAAAUUGUACUUAUGCGUCUUUUUGCUGAUGAUACUUUGAUCUACAGCACUGUUAAGUCCUAUAAUGAUGCCACUAAACUGUAGUUAGAUUUAACAGCACUUCAGGAAUGGUCUCAGAAAUGGAAAAGGAAAUUUAAUCCCGACUAAUGCCAAGUCUUAACAAUAUCGAGGAAACAAAAUCCUAUUGAGUCUAGCGGGAAAGUUUUAGACUCAGUUACCCGCCACUCCUAUCUAGGCGGAGAAUUGUCCAGAAACCUUGAUUGAGGCCAGCAUGUAACUAACAAAGUCAUGAAGGCCAACCAAUCACUUGGUUUUCUCCGACGAAAUCUAAGCAGCUGCCCCGAAGGCGUGAAAGAGGCGGCCUACAAAGCACUUGUGAGGCCUCUCGUGGCUGAAUACGCCAGUUCGAUUUGGGACCCACACCCAAAGAAACAUGUCAAACAGAUUGAGGGGGGUGCAAAGAAGAGCCGCGCGCUUCGUUAAAAACUGCUACACACGGGAACCAGGAACAGUCACAAAUUUAUUAAAUGAAUUAAACUGGAUACCCUUGGAGGUAGGAAGAACAAUCGCGCGACCAACCUUAUUCCACGAAGCAAUUCAUAGUGAAGGCGGCCUGGCCUUCCCAAACUAUCUUAUUAACCGUAGCAGGCAUUUAAGAAACUCUCAGAACAAGUUUAUCGAACUACAACCACAUACCGAGACUUAUAGAAAUAGCUUUUUCUUUAAAACUGUGAAGGACUGGAACGCAUUACCGAACGAUUUUGUAGAAUUUUAAGCCCGCAGAUUCUUUUGAAAGGCCUCAUUUGAGUAUUUUACUUACUCAGUUAACCUUUUAAUAUUGUAUAUAAUUUUUUUUUAUCCGUUUUGCCUUUUAUGAAAUUUCCUAAUUUAUUUAGAUGUCUUGCGUGAUGGCAAACCCUUUGCAAGACUAAAAGUUUUUGAAUAAAGGUUGAAUAAAGGAUGAUCAGGUAUACACAUGAGCGUCCUUUGACAAACACUGACGGAUAUAGAAGUACAAGUGAAAGAGCUAUGUGUGACUUAUCAAAGUUGAUCCAGAAUAUUUGUCAAAUAGGAUUCUCAAGAAUCAGUUAGAGAACCCUAACUUUAUAUAGAGAAUAAUGACUUUUAACAACGCCGACGAAGUUUCUGGUGGCUAAAUUAAAUGUUGGUUUAUUCAAUAUAAUUAAACAUUUGGUUUGGCUUUUUUUUUUUUGCUUGCUUGUAAAUGUAAAAG